AAACCUAAAAAAAUAAAUAAAAAUCUCACUUUUUCGUUCAUAGCCCUCACAAAGCUUCCAUCCAACAUCUCCCCUCCUUCCGCCCAACCUUAUCUCAAUUUCCAUGGAUUCCGACUCCGCUAUUUCUCUUUCUUCUCCACCGCCAACGUCAUCGCAAGCGUACAGCGGUGCGGCCAACGAGGAGGCGCCGGCGCCGGAGCUGGAGGAGUAUGAGACUGCCUCGAGCCCCGAAGUUGAUGACUCGGACUCCGCCGCCGUAACGGGGAAAGCCCCUUUGCCGGGUGAAAACCGCGUGACGAGCUCUCCUGCGACGGAGGAUCAAAAGGCUGCAUCGGAGGAUGAAGGUGAGGCCCGUGACUCUAGCCAAAAAGGGGUUUUGGGGGAGAAUUCUGAUUCUGUGGGAGUUGGGGAGAAAAAGGGGGAGGAUGAGAAGGAGGAAAAUUUGCAUGCUUCAUUGCCGCAGAAUCAGGUUGGAAGCGAUGAUUCUGGUGAGGGUGAAAUUGGAAAGAAUGUCGAGAAUGGAGUUGGUGGGAGCUUGGUUGAAAAAGAUGAGAACUUGGGUGAGGAAACGGACAAAGUUAACAACUUAGUUACGGAAGGAUCCCAGGAGCCGGAGGGCAAGGAAGCGGGAGGAAAUGAAUCCAAUGAUACUGCAAUGGAGCCCAAGGCAAGCGAAACUACCGAAUCUGAUUCUGCCGCUUCAAUAAAUCAAAGCGAUAUUGAGGAAGUGGUGCCAAAGGGUAUUGAAACUGAAUCUAAUGUUGAUACGACUGGUGAGGUUGGAACUAGUACUCAAGAAGGAUUUGGUGCUGUUGUAGAGGAAGAGGAGAAGUCUGAGAACCCUGAUGAGCUUUUACGUGCUGCUGAUGAUGUUUUGGAGCAUAACAAUGUCGUUGCGACUGGUGAUAUUGGAGCUGAUACUCAAGAAGGAUUUGAUGCUGUUGCAGAGGUAGAGGAAGAGUCUGUGAAAUCUGAUGAAAUUUUACCUGCUGAUGAUGAUGUUUUGGAGCAUAAAAAUGUUGUUGCAGUAGAGCCAAAGGGUGCAGAAUUGGAAGCUAAAACAAAUACUGAUGGAGCUGACACAGUUGAACCUUUUGUAGAUGAUGCUAAUGCCAGUGAAAGCAUGGAAGUUGUAGAUGAAUCGGAAGGAGAGGUAAAGGCUGAAAAUAAGUCUGUCAAGCAGGAGGAAAUUGGUGCUAGUGAUGCGGCAGGCUCUGAAAAAAAUGCUGAAGCUCCUGAAUUGGAUUCUAUCGAUUCAUUAAAUGAUGAAGUUGCGGAAAAGGAAGGGGGUUUUGUAGAGAGCCCUGCAAUUGUGGAUUCUGAGUCUGUGAUGAGUACUGCAGAUAAGAUUGAUCAAGUGAAUCAUAGCGAGAUUAGUGAAAGAACUGCUAAUUUGAAUCAAGAAGUUGCUGAUGAGAAAGAUGUUAUUGGUUUAGAGCAUGUUCAUAGCCUUGGUGAAGGUGAACAACUAACUGCAGAUGAGGGUUCUUUGAAUUCGGCUGUAGAGGAGGCCAAUCUUCCUGACAGUGCAAAAGAAGCUGUGGUGGGGGAUGAGAAUACUCAAGGAACUACUACUGAAAAUCUGCCUUCAAAGAGUACUGCUGAUGAUCUUCAUCAAUUGAAUUCUAGUGAGAUCAGUGAAAGAAGUACUUUGAGUCGAGAAAUUGCUGAUGGGAAGGUGGUGGUGAGUUCAGAACAUUCUGCUAUCUCUAAUGAAGGUGAUGUUGCAUCCAAGUUCAAUGCAGAUGAUAAUUUGAACUCAACUGAUGACUUGGUAACUCUCCCUGACACUGCAAAAGAAACUGUGGUUGGGGAUAAGAAUAUUCCUGAAACUACCGUUGAAAAUCUGUCUCAAGUUUCUGAAUUAGAUCAGCAGGUGGAACCUGCUGAGGACGAGAAAGAUGAGGAGGAUGAAGAUGAAGAUGAAGUUAGCAGAAUCUCUGAUGGCCCGGCAAGGGUUGCUAUCUUGGAUAGUCCUGAGGCAGCAAAGCAGAUUAUAAGGGAAAUGGAGAGGAUUUCCUCCAGUUCUCAUUCAGGUCUUCAGGGCUCUCGGGAUCAUUCAAGCAAUGCAGAUGGACAGAUUGUUUCUGACUCCGAUGAAGUGCUGGAUUCUGAUGAGGAUGGUGAAGGGGGCGAGCUGUUUGAUUCUGCUGCAUUGGCUGCACUGCUCAAAGCUGCAACUGGUUCUUCUGAUGGAACAGUUACUGUCACUUCUCAAGAUGCAGCUAGAAUUUUUUCAGUGGACCGUCCAGCUGGUUUGGGAACUGCUCCAUCACUGAGGCCAGCGGUUCCCCGUUCGACUCGUCCCAGCCUGUUUGCUUCCUCAGAGCUUGCUGCAGUUUCAGAUCCUCAUUCUAUGGAUGAUGAUGAGAAGAAGCUGCAUGAGAAGGUUGAGCAGAUCAGGGUGAAGUUCCUUCGCCUCGUUCAUAGGUUGGGUCAUUCUCCAGAAGAUACAGUGGCUGCUCAGGUUCUUUAUCGUCUGAGCCUUGCAGAAGGGAUCAGGCAAGGCAGGCAAGUGAGCCGUGCUUUCAGUACCGAGAGUGCUAAAAAACAGGCCUUGCAACUUGAAGAGGAGGGGAAGGAUGAUUUGGACUUCUCAUGCAACAUUUUGGUCCUUGGCAAGACUGGUGUAGGCAAAAGUGCGACUAUAAACUCCAUUUUUGGUGAAGAGAGGUCUCAUACCAAUCCUUUUCAACUGGCAACAACUUCAGUGAGGGAGAUUUCUGGUGUGGUCAAUGGUGUUAAAAUUCGUGUUAUAGACACUCCUGGGCUCAAAGCUUCUAUAAUGGAUCAACCAACAAAUAGAAAAAUUCUAUCAUCCAUAAAGAAGUUUACAAAGAAGUGUCCUCCAGAUAUUGUUCUCUAUGUGGACCGAAUGGAUACACAGACUCGAGAUUUCAAUGAUUUGCCUCUGUUGAGGUCUAUCACUACUGUCCUGGGCUCAUCAAUCUGGUUCAAUGCUAUUGUUGCUCUCACACACGCUGCUUCUGCUCCUCCUGAUGGGCCCAAUGGUUCGCCCUUGGGCUAUGAAAUGUUCAUAGAUCAAAGAUCUCAUGUGGUUCAGCUAUCCAUUCGACAAGCAGCUGCGGACAUGCGGCUCAUGAAUCCAGUAGCUCUUGUUGAGAACCAUCCUUCUUGCAGGAGGAAUAGGGAGGGUGAGAGGGUUCUUCCUAAUGGACUGAGCUGGAGGCCUCAAUUACUUCUUUUGUCCUACUCAUCAAAGAUAUUAUCUGAAGCCAAUUCCCUUUUGAAGCUUCAAGACUCUUCUCCUGGAAAGCUCUUUGGUUUCCGCCUUCGCUCCCCUCCACUUGCCUUCCUGUUAUCUUCUCUUCUGCAAUCCAGAGCGCAUCCAAAGCUUUCCGGUGAUCAGGGUGGUGAUAAUGCUGAUUCUGAUAUUGACCUGGAUGACUUGACGGAUGCAGAACAGGAUGAAGAAGAAGAUGAGUUUGAUCAGCUCCCACCAUUUAAGCCUCUGAGAAAAGCUCAGAUUGCCAAACUCACCAAGGAGCAAAGGCAUGCUUAUUUUGAUGAGUAUGAUUACCGAGUUAAACUUCUUCAGAAGAAACAAUGGAAGGAAGAGCUUCGGCAAUUGAAAGAGAUCAAGAAGAAAGGAAAGAUCAAUACAGAUGAGUUUGCCAAUGGUGAUAUGCCUGAAGAUUAUGAUCAGGAUGGUGGUCCUGCAGCCAUACAAGUCCCUUUACCAGAUAUGGUACUCCCACCAUCGUUUGACUGUGAUAAUCCUGCUUAUCGCUACCGAUUUCUGGAGCCAACAUCUCAGCUUCUUACCCGACCUGUACUGGACACACAUGGUUGGGACCAUGAUUGUGGUUACGACGGUGUCAGCAUUGAAGAGAGUCUCGCCAUUGCUGGUCGGUUUCCUACAUCAAUGGCAGUUCAGAUCACAAAAGAUAAGAAGGAGUUCAACAUCCACCUAGACUCCUCCAUUGCAGCCAAACAUGGAGAACAUGGCUCUACUCUUGCUGGGUUUGACAUCCAAUCUAUUGGGAAACAGCUAGCUUACAUAUUCCGCGGUGAGACCAAAUUUAAGAACUUGAAGAAGAACAAGACUGCAGCUGGAAUAUCUGUUACUUUCUUGGGGGAAACUGUAGCUACUGGAUUGAAAGUUGAAGACAGAAUAUCAAUCGGCAAGAGGCUUGGACUUGUGGCCAGCACUGGAGCAGUCCGUGCGCAGGGGGAUGUUGCUUUUGGAGCUAACCUUGAGGCUCGCCUUAGAGAGAAAGAUUAUCCUUUUGGUCAAGCUCUUUCUACUUUGGGGUUGUCUCUGAUGAAAUGGAGGAAUGACUUGGCUCUGGGAGCAAAUUUGCAGUCUCAGUUUCCAGUUGGUAGGAAUUCAAAGAUGGCUGUUCGAGUUGGGCUGAACAACAAGCUUACUGGGCAGAUAACGGUUCGGACAAGCACCUCAGAACAGCUUCAGAUUGCACUUGCAGGUAUCAUUCCAUUAGCUAUCUCUAUCUAUAGGAGCAUUGCGUCUAGUGAGUCAUAUUUGGAUCACUAGAUUUUGUUUUCUUUGCAAGUAAGUAGAUUGUGAGAGGAUCCCAAAUUUAGCAUUUCUUCACGAUGAGCAUGGUUUACUUUUGAUGUUUUUCUUGUAUCUGGAAUAAUGAUUCUUCGUUUAUAAACUAUUGUAGUCCACCAGUUAUUUUGAUGAUUAACGUUUUAUAUUAGAUGUUCAAGUUGAAAAUUUAAAAUCUU